GCUUUGAAAAGGUAUAGAGACACACGUUUUAUUGUAGUCUUAAAACGUAUUGGAGCCGGGACACCGUCACGACUGUUCUCUACAGAGAACUAUUAGCAGGAGAGAAUGACCACUGAAAGCUCAGGUGACAAGACUGCCCCCCCGCCUUAUAUUAUACCAGUGGAAGGCCAGUCAGAUGACGUCAAGGUCUACCAUGUGCAUACGCCGUUCAACCCACCACCAUCGACCAUACAGGAGAAUGCUUACCAACUCCAGACCUCUAGUUCCACCCAAGCCGGGCCACCACCCAAGCAGAAGUUUGUCAGCUAUGAGACAGAACUUGGGCGGCACCCGGGCAUGACCACCUGCACCUCCUGCCAGGUGCAGGUCAUGACCAACGUCACCUACAAAGUGGGUGCUUACGCCUGGCUGAUGUGCUUCCUCUUUAUCCUGUGCGGGCUGGUCAUCGGCUGCUGCCUGAUCCCAUUCUUUGUCAAGCACUUCAAAGACGCCUACCACUCCUGCCCACGGUGCAACCAGAUCCUCCACGUGGAGAAGAAGCGCUGCUGCUCGUAAUGACCGCGUGCCUGAGGGCCGCCUCUCUGCUACUCUGUAAGCCUGCUUUGUGUAAUGGAAGGUAAAAGAAGCCACUGUUAUGAUAGCGCAACACUUGGGUACUUUCAUGGACUAAUCCUUUCCGAGCUGACCCUUAACAUGGAGGGCAUCAGAGGGUUGUGAACUACAGGUCGACCAUUAUAGAACUGCCCCCCCCCCCCCCCCCCUUUUUUUUUUUUUUUACAAAGAAAAAAAAAAGUCUUCCAAAUGCUGUGCAAAUGACCAGUCUGUUGUCAAAAAGCCAAAUAGCCUUUGAAUAUUAGUUUUUGCAAAAGGAGUCAUUAGUCUGUACACAAAAGAACAACUAGAUACAAAAUGUCUCGCAAUUCCUUCUUUUGCUGUUUACACCCUUGUUAACGCUUUGCCUGAAGAUUCAUAGGCUUGAACCUUGUAUAUAUCUUUAAGAGCUGCACUUUUAUGUCUGUUUUCGAAACCAAAGUCGUUUAAAUGCAAUAUACUUACAAUAAUAUGUAUUAUUAUACGAGUAUUGAGAAGCUUAAUAAAUUUAGUAUAGUCAACACUGAGUGGUAGUGUCAUCAAAAAUGUUCUCACACAAGUUAAACCUGUGGCCCCUACAGGUCACAGUGGGUGCCGUUUGGUCUCUGACCAGGGGCGGCACAAUGAGAGAACUGUGUCAAACUGAGUUUAAUGCACAUAACAUGCAUAGAUCAGUCAACAGCAUGCUGACCAGUCUGCUCAAUGGUGCCAACUUUUCGGGGAGAGCAAAGAGUAUUGAGAACCCCAAAGUGGGCGUAGCAAUCGCACGUGAUCACCGAUUUGAACCAGUCAUAGCAUUUCGCGCUGGACAGCAAAAUCUGUUGAUUGGUUCAUACGAGUCUUACAGCUCCACCCGUUACAGGGGCUCCCAAAGCCUUACUGCCUAUUCACUACUGUCUGAUUUAAAAGAACAAUAAAAUAGAGUGCGGAGUAACCAGGAGAUUUUAGCUGGCGAAUUUAGUGGAGGGAAGGGGAUUGUACCAUUUGUUUGAAUAUAUCAAAACUAUCAAAAGAUUUACAUUUUUCACUUUGAGGUUUCUGAGUGGUUUUGCUUACUUGGAGCAUAAUAUUAGCCGGUUUUAUGUGUUUGUCUAAAUUAUGAUCAACGCUCUUGGAGGGCCACUCGGCUGCAUGACCAACAUGUCCAGUGAGGAUGCAGGAAGGGGAUGCUCCAGUUAUAGAUGACGUAAUUGACUGCUACUUAUCAUUCCCCAAAAGCUGUACAUUUUUCAUGUUCAGAAUUGUCAAAUAUCACUUUUGCACAUUAAAAUCUUACAUUACCCAAAUCUUGCUGGCUUUCUUUUG